AUUAAUUCAGAAAUUAGUAAUUCUAUAUUUCAUUAAUUCGAAGCAACAAUACUUAUUAUGCUGCCUCGUUCACUGUUGGCAUCAUUAUUGUAGUCUUCGCCCAUAGCUCACUCGUUCUCGUUUGUCAUCCUCUGCCUUUGUUUCUCCACAAAUAAAAAAAAAUUCCCACCAACUCUAAGAUCGAAUCAUCGAACCGUCCACCGAAAAUGUCGGUUCCAGCGAUAUCGACAUCCGUUGGAUCGUUCUGCCUUUCACGAUCCAACUGUCACAGCAGCACUAGCAGCAGGGGUAUGCCUCGAUCCGUUAUGGCACUCCGAUCCGGCGCCGUUUCGGUGGCUCCGAUCUUGACCAACUUACAAAAAGACUGCGCCACUCCUUUGCCCCUGCUCCGCCACGUGGCAGACGCGAUGGCAACUGAUAUGCGAAACGGACUCGCCGUCGACGGUGGCAGUGACCUCAAGAUGAUCCUCAGCUAUGUUGAUGCUCUCCCAACUGGGAACGAGAAGGGUCUGUUUUAUGCAUUGGAUCUUGGAGGUACAAACUUUCGGGUGCUUAGAGUUCAAUUAGGUGGUAAGGAAGAGCGAGUGAUAGCCACUGAGUUUGAACAAGUCUCUAUUCCUCAGGAACUUAUGUUUGGUACCUCUGAGCAACUUUUUGAUUUUAUGGCAUCUGGGUUAGCUAAAUUUUCACAAAAGGAAGGUGGGAAAUUUCACCUGCCAAGUGGUAGGACGAGGGAGAUUGGUUUCACAUUCUCAUUCCCAGUGAGGCAGUUGUCUAUUGACUCUGGUAUACUCAUGAAGUGGACAAAAGGGUUUGCUGUCUCUGGAACGCCUGGCAAAGAUAUAGUUGCUUGUUUGAAUGAAGCCAUGGGAAGGCUUGGAUUAGAGAUGCGUGUGUCUGCCCUGGUUAAUGAUGCUGUAGGAACACUAGCUGGUGCAAGGUACUGGGAUGAUGAUGUAAUGGUUGCAGUCAUUUUAGGUACUGGAACUAAUGCUUGCUAUGUGGAGCGAACUGAUGCUAUUCCUAAACAAAAAGGGCAGGUCUCUUCAUCUGGCAGAACGAUUAUUAAUACCGAGUGGGGAGCAUUCUCAACUGGUCUUCCUUUGACCGUGUAUGACAGUGAAAUGGAUGCUGCCAGUAUCAAUCCUGGAGAGCAGAUAUUUGAGAAAACAAUAUCUGGUAUGUAUCUUGGCGAAAUUGUACGAAGGGUGCUGCUGAAAAUGGCACAAGCAGGUGACUUGUUUGGUAAAUCUGUGCCGGAGAAACUGUUCUCUCCUUUCAUCCUUAGGACUCCGGAUCUUUGUGCUAUGCAGCAGGAUAACACUGAUGAUCUUCAAUCUGUUGGAUCAAUUUUAUACAAUGUAGCUGGGCUUGAAACCAAUUUAAGUGUGAGAAAGAUUGUUGUGGAGGUUUGUGAUACAAUAGUGAAGCGAGGAGGCCGAUUAGCUGGGGCCGGAAUUGUAGGUAUUCUGCAGAAAAUGGAGGAGGACUCGAGGGGCCUUAUCUUUGGAAAGAGGACAGUGGUGGCUAUGGAUGGAGGGCUAUAUGAAAACUACCCACAAUACAGAAGAUACUUACAAGAAGCAGUCACAGAGCUUCUAGGGACAGAAAUUUCUAGGAAUGUGGUGAUAGAGCAUUCGAAAGAUGGAUCUGGUAUAGGGGCUGCUCUCUUGGCUGCUGCAAACUCUAAGUAUCCGCAUGACGUUUAAGUUAUAAUCAAGGCAGGUUGACGUUUUCUCAACCAUGUAAUUAGUCUAGUAGUCUCUGGUCAAGAGUAAAAUAUAUAGUUAAUUGAGGCAUUGAUAAGUUGGACUCGUUCUUGGACUGAAGAAUAAUUUAGAUAAAAUUUAUUCUUAGGAAACGCACUUCGAAAUGGUCAUUUUUAUUUUUCGGCAGUGAACUGUCGAAGAACAUUUGUUCCUAAUGCGCCAUAACUGUGUGGUGCAAUUUUGUUAUUUAUUUCAUGUGUAGUCUAUAAGCUUGUGGUGGCCUUAUCUGAACAGCUUUUCAAAAACAAUAGUAUGUAACAUUAUUUGUUAUCUUUAAUUAGUUUGGACAAUUUUUUCUUC